AGUGCUGGUAAACGUAAAAGGUCAUCAAAAACAUAAAAUAAAAUUAAAAAAAGGGAAAAUACUAUGUAAAUCCUGUCGAAAUCUACACACAACUACACAAAAUUACACCAAAAUUAAGCUGGACAAAUUUAAACUCAUCAAAUCGGCCACGAGCAUCGAGGAAAUUGCUGCAAUGGAACCCUCCGCUUGCGAAGGCGAGUUGGAGUCUGCCCACAAAAAAGAUCUGAAGGCUUUCGAGAGGCGCCUCACCGAAGUGGUUCUAUCGUACAGACCGCCGACGUUCCGAUGGCGCACAUCUUUCUUAGUUAUCCUCUCUGCCAUGUCGAUGUGCACGGCCAUCGGCGCCUGGUACUGGCUGAGAGAUCCACGCACCACGGUGGUGCCCCUAACGGAAUCCCUCUGGAUACAUCCAAUUUUCACAGCGGCCACAGUAACCUUAAUUGUACUCUUUAUUUUAGGCAUACAGAAGUUGGUGAUAGCGCCGCAGAUCAUCACAUCGCGGACACGUAAUGUCCUGGGAGACUUCAACAUGAGCUGCGAUGAUACGGGGAAACUGAUAUUGAAACCCCGCCAAAGCAAUAACAACAGCACAUGAGCCCCCGGCCGCUAUGCAGACAAUCAAUUAGUUAAUUCAUCCAAAAACUAUCUAACUACCUUUUCCCCCCCUGCUUUUUAGCUAUAUGUUCCGGACACUCUUGUUUUAUCCACUAAAUUGUAACGUAUCCCCCCCCACCCCUACACGACUUCCAUUUGCGUUUAGUUAUAGAAAAUUCAUUGUAAACUAAAAAAAAAAGAUUAUUGUUAAGCUUAAUGUAUUUCGUUAUGGCGUUGCCUUCGCUGCCAAAUACAACCAACAAAAAGUCAAGCUGCAUACAAAACCAA